AUGUUCCCCACCCGCAUUCUCUUUGGCCUCGCUGCCGCUCUCGGUGUCGCUCAAGCUGCCCGAACGGUCACGCUCACGUACAAGGGCGGCGCCGCCAACCUUGUUACUUUUGACGGCAAUCCAGACACCAACGCCAUCAAGAUCGACAUCGAGCCGAACGGCGAUCUGGAAUACCACGAGUCGUUCAAGUUCAAGGUGAAGCCUGAUGGGAAGCGAGGUUGGGCCAACUGCCAGGUCGACGGGACGUGGCAAGCCGGUGUCAAUGACGACCUCGUCGAAUUCCGCAUCAGCGACGACCCAAACUACUGGGGAGUCGCCCAGCCCCUGUUAUAUGUCACAUCUAAGAUCGUCAAGGGAGAAUCAAGGGACCUGCGACCGGGUGAUGAGAGAGCGGCUCCAUCUGAAUUCGCCCACUCGACAUACUGUCAAGUCAGAUCAUCAAGUUCUCCGAUCAAUCAAGAGAUCAUCAAGGUAUCAAGUUGUCCGAUCAAUCAAGAUCCAUCUGACGCAAGACCAAGCAUGUUAUCCCCCCGUAUCCUCUUCGGCCUUGCUGCCAUCCUCGGCUUAGCCCAAGCCACCGCUCGGACCGUGGAGCUCCGUUACAAGGGCGAUGCCAAGAACCUCAUCACGUUCGACGGCAAACCCGAAGCCAACGUCAUCAGUAUCCCAAUCGAGGAGAAUGGCGAUCUCAAGGAGCACCAGACCUUUCGGUUCAAGCUGAAGGAGAUCCGGGGGACGCGAAAGGAAACUGAGUGUGAGGUGAAUGGGACUUGGGGCACCGCCGGAGACAUAGUUGUCUUUGACAUCAACGAUCAGCCCGAUAUCUGGGUGACUCCGUGUAGCCGGACCGGCGGGUUCAGGGGCAGCCUACUUGAGAUCAAUCGAAAUGAGCUUACUACGCGACUGGAGAGACGAGAUUGA